AUGGAGUUAAAUGAGACUCUAGAAAAUAUUAAACAAAGCAAUGAAGAACCUUUACUAUUACAAAACCUUCAGCUUCUAGUUCUAGCAGAAUUAGCUAUAACAAAUAACAACUCAGAUGAACAAAUGCAAAUGAUAACUCAAGAAGAUCUAUUAUCAGAUAUAGAAAUGCUACCAAGGCUAUAG